UAAGCUCUAGAGAUGGGAUUUCUGGCUCUUUGAAGGGAACCUCUUUGAUUUGCCGUUGUGUUUUCUGAUUUGCCGUUGUGUUUUCUGUUUUGCCGUUGUGUUUUCUGAUUUGCCGUUGUGUUUUCUGAUUUGCCGUUGUGUUUUUUGAUUUGCCGUUGUGUUUUCUGAUUUGCCAUUGUGUUGUGUUUUCUGAUUUGCCAUUGUGUUGUGUUUUCUGAUUUGCCGUUGUGUUUUCUGAUUUGCCGUUGUGUUUUCUGAUUUGCCGUUGUGAUUUGCACUUCAGGGCCACCGUAAAAAACGGCUCCCAAAUGAACGGCUCGCAACAGCGAAUCGGUUCUCAUCGUUCACUUAAAAGAGCCGUUCAAAAGACCGACUCGUUCGCGAACGUCACAUCUCUAGUAAGCGCUUCACUCGGUGCGACUUUGACAACCAGCAGGAUAGGCGAGUUGUUAUAUAUCAUCCGCCUCUUGAGUAUGCAUCAGUGUACUUCAAACAACAUUAACAGUACAUGUUUUCUUCACUCUAGUUGUUAAACCGCGUGUGCUGGAUUUAUGUCGAGUCCAGGGAACAGUUAACUUCGGCUGACAGCCAGUGGACGAUUUACGAAAGCGGAAGAACUUUGAGUUAGCUCAGUCCAGUUAGCUGAAGUAGUUAGCCUGACAUUUUGCUGAUUUCACGUUGUAGAGUAGCUGCUAGCGGGCUAGCUUCGUCUCGUUGUUGUCAUGUCCUGAGUUCUUCGAGAUUCACGUCAACGAGAAGAGAUACUAGAUAGCUGUGUCAGUCAGCUGGUUCUCUCAGAUACACAGCAGCAGUUUGUACCAGUACCGAGGCGUAGGCAGGGCGGACUGGACUCCUGAGAGGUCUGAAUUCAUUCAUAGCAGAGGUUUGUGCUUUCCUACGUCUGCUUCGGCCAUCUGGAUCGCUCAUUCAUACAUCAAAGAUUUCCUGACGUUAUGAGACUGAACAGGGCCGUGCUAAUGGUCGUGGAGCUGUAACAUAUUCAUAGCCUCGAACUAAGAUCCUUCAAUCCAGCUCACAGGGAGCAACAACCUUUCUCUUUGCCAAAAUAGCAUCCACCAAGACUGCAGAAAUGCUGACUGACAGCAGGAAACGACACCGUAGCUGUGACAGUGAGGAGGUCCAACAGCUGAGUCCGCAGGCCAAAAAGUCAGGCGGGGGUUCCAGUCUGCUUGUGUCAGAUUUGGAUUCAGAGUCUUCCAGCAGCGACAGCAGCAAUGGGAUCAGCAGUCCGGAGAGAGGUGUAGUGGUCACCGCCAGGCCGUGCAUACAUAGCCAGAACAACCGCAUCACCCACAACUCCCUCAGCCCUAAGCCUGAAGAAUCUGCAAGCUCCUCGCAGCAUGGUUUCCAUGGCGACAGCAGCAGUGCCUCUUACGACCACAUCAACAGAGUCCUGAGGGAGGCGCACUUCAAUAGUCUGCAGACCAGAGGGCGCCCGGGCUCGACAUGACCGUGACCUCUGACCCCUCUCCUGACCUAUUGCCCUUCGACAUCAGUGCUGACAUCACUGGCACGAUGACUCCUCUUUCAAAGCCUCAAGCAACACCCUUGGGUCAGGGGGGUGGGGGGGUGGGGGGACGAUGUGUGGGGACGAUGUGUGGGGACGAUGUGUGGGGACGAUGUGUGGGGACGAUGUGUGGGGAGGUUUACAGAUUUUUUGGGCACAAAGACUCAUCCCCACCUCGCCAUGUAUCAUUUGUCAAGACCAUAAGCACAUCCGCCUUUCCAUGGCCCAGCCACUGUGGUUUUGUGCAGUAUUGAUGUGUGUGUGUGCGUGUGUGUGUGUGCACGCACCCUUUGCACUUUAUAAAGAGGCAUCAUUCUCUUUACAUGCGUGCGUUGAUGCGUGGACAUUGUCAUUGGUGCUAAUCAAAAGGAGAGUGUGAUGAUCCAAAGUGCUUGCAAUCUUAAAUAAAGCUAAGCACUUUACCCAAUAAUUCCUCAUUCUGUUUAUUUUUGACCGGGGAAGUUUGUCUCAUGUUUGUAUCCACAGGGAGGGAGUUGUAGUGAUCACAUUCAUAAAACGACGUCCAUGGAUUAAUCACAUCGGAGAUUCUUAAAACAAUCCAGUAGAUAUUACUUAAAGCCUUUGUUUAUUGUCGUAAACCAAAGCAGUAAAUUUCAGAUUAAGUAUUUACAUUUCACUUUCUAAAUGAAUCUAAUGUUUUAGUGUUGCAGGUCAGCAGGUUCUAGGUAACAGAGAUUCAUCUUGAGCCUCACCACCAAAGUCCAACCUCAGAUUAGACUCUGGCUAAUUAUAGAGCUGUGAGAGCAGCACAGCAGUCUGCGGCUCCAACGCCAUACUCAGUUCAGUGCUCCUGAACAACAACACAGCCUGAAGGAAAGGCUCUCUGAAUCACUUUUUACUUCCUCAACAUUUUACACAACAUGUGUGUGUAUGUGUGUGUACCAAGCUUGUCGGCCAUACUUGUUCAUGUAUGGUUAAAUAAGACCAGCACACUGUGUUGCAAAUAAAAUGCGAGAUGUUGAA